GUCAUGGUCACCGGUGAUCCGCAGCCUCCUCGAAAAGGCAAAACAGAAACAAUAGAUUGACAGACCCCGAGUCGGAGCAGCAGUAGCUUGCUUGUCCGAAGCCGACGCAGCCUCCAUCCAUCCAUAUCCAGAAAAACAAGCCUCCUUGCCCGAUCCCAAGUCGAAAAUCCAGCGGCUUUCUGGUUCGGACCCGCCGGCAUAAAUAGGCACCCACACGACGACCCCCUCCUAUCCCAGAUACAGAGGAUCUAACUCUUUAUCUUCUUCGACAAGAAGGAGACCAAGAAAAAGAACGCCAUACAUAAAGAGCUCGGCCAACAGCAGAGAUCCUUGAGUCGAUCGAUCAGCGAGGGCUUCUUGUGAGGAAUCUCUUGGAGCGGAGUCGUCGCAUUUCGAUCAUCUUAGGAGUUGUUUGUUCGGUUCAUCGAAUUGGGAUCGAUCAUGGUGGCGGCGGCGGCGGCGGAGCGGGUGGUGGCGGAGCUCCGGGAGCAGUGCGCGACGCCGGCGGCGCGGCUGGACGGCGUGGCGGCGGCGAUGGAGGAGGAGAUGAGGGCCGGGCUGGAGCAUGAGGGCGGGAGCAAGAUCAAGAUGAUCAUCUCCUACGUCGACAACCUCCCCAACGGGAGCGAAGAGGGUCUUUUCUACGCGCUAGACCUCGGAGGAACCAACUUCCGGGUGCUGCGCGUACAGCUCGGCGGCAAGGACAUCAAGCCCGAGUCCAGGGAGGUCUCCAUUCCUCCCCAUCUCAUGUCCGGCAACGCCGCGGAGCUGUUCGGCUUCAUCGCUUCCGCGCUGGCCAAGUUCGUCGCCGACGAAGGGCGGAGCAACGGUGUGUUGAACGGCAGGCAGCGGGAGCUUGGGUUCACCUUCUCUUUCCCCGUGAGGCAGUCGUCCAUCACGUCGGGCACGCUCAUCAAGUGGACCAAGGCGUUUUCGAUCGAUGAUGCGGUCGGCGAAGACGUGGUGGCCGAAUUGCAGACGGCUAUGGAGAAGCAAGGUGUCGACAUGCGUGUGUCUGCAUUGAUAAAUGACACCGUUGGGACACUCGCAGCGGGCAGCUACUAUGACGAAGAUGUUGUCAUCGGCGUGAUAUUGGGUACUGGCUCAAAUGCUGCAUAUGUAGAGAAGGCAAAUGCCAUACCCAAGUUGGAGGGCGAGUUACCUAAAUCGGGAAACAUGGUCAUUAAUACAGAAUGGGGCAACUUCUCUUCGUCGUGCCUUCCGAUCACAGAAUAUGACCAAGCAUUAGAUGAGGAGAGCCUUAACCCCAGAGAGCAGAUCUUUGAGAAGUUAAUCUCCGGAAUGUAUCUUGGUGAUAUCGUGAGGAGGGUGCUUCUUAAAAUCGCCUCGCAGUCUUCGAUUUUCGGCGAUAUCAACCGCACGAAGCUCAAAACCCACUUCAUUCUGAGGACCCCUGAUAUUUCUGCAAUGCACCACGAUGAAACCCCUGAUCUGAGGGUCGUUGCCGAAAAACUGGAAGAAAACCUGAAGAUCACAGGCACGUCCCUGGAGACUCGAAAGGUGGUUGUCGAAAUCUGCGACAUUGUGACCAGCAGGUCUGCCCGGCUCGCUGCAGCAGGGAUAGUGGGGAUCAUCAGGAAGAUCGGGAGGGGCACCGCUGGUAACAAGGAAAAGACGGUCAUCGCGAUCGACGGUGGGCUGUUUAAGCAUUAUGGCAAGUUCCGGCAGUCCCUGGAGAGCGCCCUGGUGGAGCUGCUCGGGGAGGAGGCGUCGAAGUCGGUGGGGAUCAAGCUCGCGAAUGACGGGUCAGGUCUCGGAGCUGCCCUGAUUGCGGCUGCCCACUCUCAAUACAUCAACUGAUCAAUGUGUUGAUUUGCUGUUGUCCAACGAAGUGUAGUGAGCUUCUGUAGAUUUCUAUGAAGCCUGAUGGGCCUGUACCAAACGAAUGUUCAAUGAAAUUGGGCUCUAUGUUUGUUGUUGUGCUGAACCAUGUAGUGAUGGUUUCUACUAAUGGAAACCGGAGGGGAAACCCUCUCUUUCAAGAGAAAAAAAUUGUUUGUUGUUGCAA